AAGAUUAUUCCACUAUCAGGUGCCCAGAGGACCAUGAGUGGUGACCUGACCCCUCCUGCAGCCGUCCAGCUGUGCUAUGAAAAUGUGAACAGAUCCUGUGUCAAAGCUCCCUACUCCCCGGGCCCCCGCCUGCUCCUCUACCUGGUCUUUGGCUCUGGGGCUGUGCUGGCUGUCUUGGGAAACCUGCUGGUCAUCACCUCCAUUCUCCACUUCAAGCAGCUCCACUCCCCAGCCAACUUUCUGAUCGCCUCUCUGGCCUGUGCUGACUUCAUGGUGGGGACGACUGUGAUGCCCUUCAGCAUGGUCAGGUCUGUGGAGAGCUGCUGGUACUUUGGGGACAGUUUCUGUAAACUCCACUCCUGUUUUGAUGGCUCCUUCUGUUACUGUUCUAUUUUCCACUUGUGCUUUAUCUCCAUCGAUAGAUACAUCGCUGUCACUGACCCUCUGGUCUAUCCCACCAGGUUCACUGUUUCUGUGUCUGGCAUGUGUAUCGCCUUCUCCUGGCUGAGUGCUGUUGUCUUUAUUUUUUCCCUUCUUUACACAGGGGCAAACAAAGCUGGGCUGGAGGAACUAGUGAGUGCACUCACCUGUGUGGGAGGCUGUCAGAUUGCAGUCAAUCAAAACUGGGUUUUGAUCGACUUUCUGUUAUUUUUCAUUCCCGCUCUUGUGAUGGUAAUUGUUUACUCCAAGAUUUUCCUGAUAGCUAGGCAACAGGCUAGGAAAAUUGAAAGUCUGAGCAAUAAGACUGCAAAACCAUCAGACAGUUACAAAGACAGGGUAGCCAGGAGGGAGAGAAAAGCAGCCACAACCCUGGGCAUCGCAGUGAUAGCUUUUCUGAUUUCAUGGUUGCCGUACUUCAUUGAUUCCCUCAUCGAUGCCUUCCUGGGUUUCAUCACACCCACAUACGUGUAUGAAAUAUUAGUUUGGAUCGUUUACUACAACUCGGCAAUGAAUCCCUUGAUUUAUGCUUUCUUUUACCCUUGGUUUCGAAAAGCCAUCAAAUUAAUCGUUACAGGAAAAGUGUUCAGAGAGAAUUCCUCAGUAAUAAAGCUGUUUUCUGAGUAG